AAUAAAUACAACGUAUCUAUGAAGACUCAGAGCAUCCGGACUACAGAGCAUCAAAACACAAACCCUCCCGUCACCAACAACACACCACUACCUCCUUUUUCAGCUGCCGACAACAUCCUGCCCGCUACUUCCUCCCUUUCCUCCGCUUACAACCUUGCCUUCCUUUUCCUUCUUCCUUCUUCCCUCUUUCCUUCAUCUUCUACAAAGCACCAAACUCUUGUUGCAGUGUUUUCUUUUUUCAACGCACUUCUCCACUUGUGUCAACUAUUUUCUAUUUUCUUUUUCAAGAUUUCUCAAUAGUCAAUUGUAUUCCAUUUAGUGCCACCAAAAUUUUUUUUUGAUUUGGGUGCUAAAAGAAGUGAAGGAUUUGAUUGUUGAGCUGAAUCAUCAUGAUUUUUGUGGGUGGACUUCCCUUCUCUCCCAACUCUUCUUCUUCUUCUUCUUCAAUGCCGUCUCAGUCUCAGCCAAUAGAUUUGUUGGUGGCAUUGAUGGAACACCCCAUUCUAAUGUCUGCAACACAUUCUUUCAAGUCUAUCCAGGAGCGGAGAGUCUCAGCAUCCAUGGAUUCCGAGUUAACAACAUCAUCAAACAACCCUAAAUACGUCUACUUAUUCCAGAGAGAAUACGCUACUGUUGAUCCUGCACUUGUCCAUUACAUUGGCACUGAUGAAGCAACAACUUGUGUGGGUCUCGUCAUUCGGAAUCGGAAAAAUGGGAUAACCUCUGUUGCCCAUAUGGAUUCUCCAAAAUCUGUGGAUAUUGGCUUCAUCCAGAUGUUAUCACUAGUUGUUGAUCAAAAUUCUGAUGCUGAUUUGGAUGUGCAUUUAGUUGGUGGUUUUGAAGAUGUUUCACCUAAUCAUGCUAACGACAGCACUAUAUCAGAAGGGAAUGCGAGAGUGGAUGGUUUUUCCUUUCCUUUGUGUAGAAAAAUAGUUGAAACUAUGCAGAAAAGACAGGAAAAUUUUCAUGUACAGACUCUAUGUGUUCUUGGACAUAACACCAAAAGGGAUUCUCAAAGAAAUGCGUAUCCCAUUUUCAAUGGGUUCCUGGUAGAACCUUCUUCUGGAUCCCUCAUCCCCGCCAGGUUUGAUAGAACUUUACGAUGUCCAGAUGAAAUUGUCCGGAGACUUCGAGUCUCUGCUUCGUAUGAAGACUCCAGUUUGCAUGGGAAAUUACUGGAUACUUAUGACACUAAAACUGAUCGAAUUGUUAUUGCUCCUUGCAGUUGGACCAGACGCCUAGUAAAUUUUGUUUUGUCACUGCAAAGUCUUUCUGACUCUGAAAUCCUUGCUAGACACUCUACUUCACCUUCUGCUGAGGGUCCAGACUUUGUGGAUAAUGAAAGAAGGGUCUGGAACUAUCUGAUUAAGCAUCCAGAUUGGAAAACAACUUUUCCCAUGAGGCAACCACGGGUUUUUGAGAGGACAGAUGAAGGAGGCUGGAAAAGUGCUGAUUUUCAUCACAUGGAUAGUGGUUGCAAAUCCUAGUUCAUAGCAUACCAUGCAAAUUCCAUUGAAGAAGUCUGGUUUAUGUACCCUAUUAUUUUCUUUUAUAUUUGAUGUUGUCAAGAUGAAAUAAAGAAUUUAGUAUUCUACCAACAAUUCAGGUGGCUCUUAGUAUGUAGCCUAAUAUUUAUGCAAGCUUCUUUGUCGCUUUUGUAUGCUAUCAUAGAGUUACACAUGGCUGUCUUAAGAUGUUAACAGUGAAAAGCAUGACCACCACCUCUGUAUUGACAAGUUAACAGUGUAAGUUAGCUUUCCCUUUCAAUUUUGAUUGAAUCGGUUCUCCUAGUUUUUGAGCAGAUGAUUAGUAUCUUCAAUGGAUGCUUCCACAUUUUCCAUGGACAUGUCCAAGAUACCUUAAUUACCGGUAUUGAAUUGUCAAUUGUGUAAAUAAAUAACAGUGCCAUAUU